AUGUCGGGCCUGUUUCCCAAAGCUCCCUCGUCAGCCUCAAAGAUCAAUGUGGCUUCAGGCGAACUUCCGCUUUAUGUUACUGCCUCGCAGGCUCCCACCAAGAAAUCUCCAUGGCGGACCAUCCGUGGAGUGGAAUACAAUCAAUACGUGACAGCCAUUCUACCUGAUGAGUUGUAUCAUCUCAUUUGGGAAAAGGUUGAGGCCAACAUUACACAUAUCGAGUAUGCGAAGGUAAUUAUGAAGUUGGAGGAUGUACUCAAAGGGGAUUUUUUUACAGAAUAUAUUAAGAGAGGAAACAUUCUCAUGCUCUCAGAGGGUGAAGCAGGGGUUGAUAAUGUCUACUCGUUGAAGCAAGGAGUCCUGAGACUGGAGCUCUCGAAAGAUUCAUACGAGCGAGCUGGCCUGCAGGGUAAGCCCAUACCUUCUGGCGGCAGCAAGCAUGUCAAGUUGAGAUACCUCAUAGAGAUCAACCUUCGUCUCCCUUCAAUGUUGCACGGCAAGAAAGGCUUCGACCGACUCGUUUGGGCUGCAAAGCACGUUCUUAACCAAAGUCUCAACUGGCUUUUCUUGGAUCUCAAUCCAAACACCAUAGAUAUCUCGACUCAAAACACAACGCCUUUGAGCACCCACCAUCCCACGAUUCACACGUUAAGGCCAUCAACAAGAAGUCUACCAAACACUUUGACUCCUUCUACGCUACUUACCAUACCCGACGGAGUUUCCCUUCUCUCUGUAGAGGCACAUGAGCCUUUGUGCGAUAUAUUAGAAUACAUCGAUAUGCUCUCGCUGGCUUCGCCUCGCCUCCAAGCCACCGACCAGACUCACCCGUUCCUCAGCCGAUAUGAGGUGCCUGACCUCUCCGGCGAUCUUGACCCCAAUGUCUCCAAUAGACUGGGACAAUCUGUCAAACUUCUUACAUGGACCGGCCUGAUACCGUCUCGCUGGAUAUUGGAGUUAUUGUGCGCUGUGAUAAGAUACUCCCGAACCGAGAACUUCGGAGUACUUCCGAAGCAGCAACAGUGGCUCGCAAUCAGUGUUUCCUCCCACAAAACACAAGCAGUCAAUCAGGUUGAUGGAUAUACCAUCUUACUUCAGCCGGCCCGCAAUACAGAACAACCUCGGAAUUUUCACCCAAAUCGCCUAACACCUACCACUUCUGCAAACAUGGACGUUGUCACGCAGGAGGGAUUACAAGGUACCCCACACCAAGAGCGAAGCGAGGAUGUGAAUAUGACGCCAGCACCGGUGCCCGACAAAAUCCAGCAGACUCCGGAAUCUGCGCCAUCCCGAACCGGAUUUCAAUGCUAUCUCUGUGCGGAGUACAUUGACAGUCUGACGUAG